AUGGAUGCGGAAAAUACACAAGUUGAAAUAGGUGAUUAUAUCAUUCAUGAGACAAUAGGAGCAGGAUCUUUUGGAAAGGUGAAACUAGGAGAAAACAAAAAUACUGGCGAAAAAGUUGCAAUUAAAAUUUUAAAAAAAUCAUCUUUCGAAUCGAAACCAGAUAUAGCUAUAAAAAUCAAGAGAGAAAUCGCAUUGAUGCGUUUACUUAAUCACCCACAUCUUUUAAAGCUCAUUGACGUUCUUGAAAGUUCAAAAUUUUUAUAUAUUAUUCUCGAAUACGCUCAAAAUGGUCAACUCUUCGAUUUCAUGACAGAAGGGCGAGGAUUAUCACCCGAGAUUGCAAUCAGAUUAUUCAGACAAAUCAUCUAUGGUCUUGAUUUCUUACACAGUCAUUCAAUUUGUCAUCGAGAUAUCAAACCAGAAAACAUACUUCUUGAUGAAUGCUACAACGUUAAAAUCGCCGAUUUUGGCUUUGCAAAGUUUAUCAAAGAGAAAAAAUCAAUGACAUCAUGUGGAUCUCCUCAUUACACAGCACCAGAAAUCAUUCUAGGUCUUCCAUACGAUGGAUGUGCAUCCGACAUCUGGAGCUGUGGUGUUUUAUUUUAUAAUAUGUUAUCAGGCUUUUUACCAUUUGAUGGUCCAACAGUUCGUAAACUUCUUAACAAAGUCAAAGUUGGCAAGUACGUUAUGCCAAAUCUUUCAUCCGAUUUUCAAGAUUUAAUUUCAAAAAUGUUACAAGUUGAUCCUAAAUGUCGAAUCACAUUAUCAGAGAUCAAACAACAUCCUGCAUUCCGUCGUGGUCUUAUUCACGAAUACGAAUGUCCAGUUCCACAACCUCUUCCACGUGAUUUACCUAAAUAUGACAUCAACACACUUUCAGAUACGGCUAUUGAUGUUUUGAAACAACUUGGUCUUACAGAAUCUGAAAUCGAAGAAGAAGUCACAUCAGACGAUAACACACCAGUGAAAAUGUUCUGUUACAUGUUAGAAAGUCGAAUUUCAUUUGAUAGUAUUGACUGGGAAAGUCGUGUUCUUCCCGAUGUUCCAUUAAUGAUCAGUCCAACUACAUCAUUUUCAUUCUCAUUAGAGUCAUCUGCAUUAUCCUUGUCCCAGAAUAAGUAUUCACUUGCGGAAAAAGCUAUCAUUGGAUUAGAUAAUAUUAGUGAAAUAUAUUUGAACGAGAAAGACAUUGAAACUAAAGCUAAUGAUGAGAAAGUCAUGGGUGUUUUACAGACAUUCUUAACUCGACAUGGCUUUCUAUGGGUUUUUCCAAAUGAUUUUUUACUUUUAACGCGAGGUCACGAAAUUGAUAUCAUCAUUAAAUUCAUUUCUGGUGAAAAAUCAAACAAUUCUGUUCAUAUUUGUCUUUUUUCAGGUAACGACAAUGAAUUUGACGAUCUUUGUGAAAAUAUCGAAGAUGAACUCGAAAGUAUCAUUCUUUAA